AUGGAUGACGUGCGUAUCGAGACCAAGGAGCAAUCCGAGGUCGAGGUGGCCCAGCUCGCCGCGAACAUCGAGAAGACCACGAACUUCUGGCAAGCGUUGAAGGACGAGCGGAAAGCUGUGUUCUGGUCAAUGGCGGUGUCAAUGGCCAUCAUCAUGGAGGGCUACGAUAUUGUCCUGGUCUCGUCCUUGUUCGCACAGCCGGCUUUCUCGCAGAGAUAUGGCAUUCGCGUCGACGAUGGCUAUCAGAUACCUGCGCCGUGGCAAUCUGGCCUGGGUACUGCUCCGACCAUUGGAGCGAUCAUGGGCGCAUUCUUGAACGGCUGGCUGACUCACAAAUUCGGGUACCGCAAGGUUCUCAUCGUCUCGCUCGCGGCCAUCAUCGCCUUCAUCUUCCCGCUGUUCUUCGCACCGUCUCUGGCCGUAUUGUUGAUUGGUCUGAUCCUCUGUGGCAUCCCAUGGGGGGUGUUCGCGACCAUGGCCCCCGCGUAUGCCUCCGAAAUCUGUUCUUUGAAGUUGCGAGGCUACUUGACCGUCUACGUCAACCUGUGCUGGGCUCUUGGUCAACUGAUCGCCGCGGGUGUUUUGACAGGGUUCAGCAACGGCACCACACAAUGGGCUUACAGGAUUCCGUUCGCCAUCCAAUGGGUGUUUCCAUUUCCUCUCCUCGUGCUGAUCGCGUUCGCGCCUGAGUCACCCUGGUGGCUGGUACGGCAAGGUCGAAUCGAGGAUGCGAGGCACUCGCUCAAGAGACUGUCUUCCACAAAGGCCGCGGACAAGACGGACGAUACCAUCGCUCUCAUUAAGCAUACGAUGCAGAUCGAGGCGGAGUUCGAAGGUGGCUCAUCGUAUAUGGACUGCUUCAAGGGUGUCGAUCUGCGCCGCACAGAGAUUGCGUGCAUGGUCUUUGCAGCGCAGGUCUGGUGUGGGAGCCCUCUCGGCGGUACACCGGCAUAUUUCUUCGUCCAGGCGGGUCUCUCCCCCAAUUACUCCUUCAAAUUCAGCGUCGGUGGUCUCGGCCUGGCCUCCAUCGGCACGAUCGUGUCCUGGUUCCUUAUCUCUCGCUUCGGUCGACGGACGCUUUACGUGGUGGGGUUGGGAAGUCUUUUGGGCCUUCUUCUACUGACUGGUAUCCUUGCAUCUGUCUCCGAUUCCAGCGGCUCAUCUUAUGGCCAGGCAGGUCUUGUCGUUGGCUGGCUCCUCAUAUACUACCUCACGGUAGGACCGGUCUGCUAUGCCAUCAUAUCCGAGACGUCUGCGAUGCGUUUACGCAACAAGUCCGUCUGCCUUUCCCGGAUCGCGUACUAUAUCUCCCAGGUUAUCGGCAAUGUGAUCGAGCCAUACAUGAUCAACCCGACGGAAGCAGCGUGGCACGGGAAGACCGCGUACUUUUGGGCAGGGACAUGUCUGGUUUUCUUCGUCUGGGCCUAUUUGCGCUUGCCCGAGACCCGCGAUCGCUCAUAUGAAGAGCUGGAUAUCCUGUUCGAGUCCAAGAUCAAAGCAACCAAGUUUGUUUCGACCCAUGUUGAUCCGUACGCUGAGAGAGGAGAGCGCGUGAAGGCCGAGUAG